AGCCCAAAACCCUGAUUUUUCAUAUUUCGUUUGGCAGCAAAUCAGAUCUCACAACUCCGUACAAUCUUCAAAUUUUUGCUUCUUCAGACACGAAGUGAACAAAUGAACAUACUCACAUACUCACUCUAGACUACAGUGAACUGUGACUGACGACGUUGUGUAAUCAAUCUCUUUUCAAGAUCAAAAUCUCAUCACAUCUUGCUUUUCUUCUUCUCUAAUGGAGUAUCGCAAGAUCAAGGAUCAGGAGAAAGACGAAGAAACCUCUGGUGACCUAGAAAUUCCGCGAGGAAAAGCUAAUUCAGCUGCGUUGGGAGGAUUGUCGGGCGGAAGAUCUCAAUGGAAGCGCAAGUCGCUGGUUACGUUUGCACUGACUAUACUUACUAGUUCACAAGCUAUACUUAUCGUCUGGUCAAAGAGAGCUGGGAAAUAUGAAUAUAGUGUUACAACUGCAAACUUUUUGGUUGAAUCUUUGAAAUGUGCAUUAUCACUUGUAGCCUUGGCCAAAAGCUGGAAAAUUGAAGGUGUUACUGAAGAUAAUAGGUUAAGCACUACAGUGGAUGAAGUCAGUGUAUAUCCUAUACCUGCAGCACUUUAUCUUGUUAAGAAUCUGCUCCAGUAUUAUAUCUUCGCGUAUGUGGAUGCUCCAGGAUAUCAAAUACUGAAAAACCUGAAUAUAAUCAGCACUGGUGUUCUCUAUCGUAUCAUUCUUAAGAAACAGCUAAGUGAGAUCCAAUGGGCAGCUUUCAUUUUACUUUGCGCUGGCUGCACCACAGCACAGCUCAACUCAAACUCUGAUCGUGUUCUUCAAACUCCACUAUAUGGUUGGGUGAUGGCCAUUAUCAUGGCUCUUCUGAGUGGGUUUGCUGGGGUAUAUACAGAGGCAAUAAUAAAAAAGCGUCCCCAGAGAAACAUAAACGUGCAGAACUUCUACUUGUAUAUCUUUGGAAUGAUUUUCAAUGCCAUUGCAAUAGUAAUUCAAGAUUAUGAUGCAGUUGCAAACAAGGGUUUCUUCCAUGGCUAUUCAUUUGUUACUGUACUCAUGAUUGUAAAUCACGCACUCAGUGGCCUUGCAGUCUCGAUGGUGAUGAAGUAUGCUGACAAUAUUGUGAAGGUGUAUUCCACUUCGGUGGCAAUGUUGCUGACAGCGGUUGUCUCUGUUUUCCUGUUCGGGUUUCAUCUUUCCCUUGCCUUUUUCCUUGGCGCUACUGUCGUGUCUGUUUCUGUUUAUAUGCACUCAAUCGGGAAGGUGCAAAGAUAACAUCAACUCCUUUCUUCAUAAAUUUUCCCGACCGAGCUUUUCAAAUCCAUGCUAAUACAAUGAGACGGAUGAUAUGGUGGAUCACAUAUAGACUGGCAUAUUGACAAUGUCUUAAGCCACUUACAUUGCCGACUCUUCUGGUUCUAUUAUGUUUCUAAAUCAGUGGAAAUGCUUUCUCUGGUCUCUGCCUUCUCUCUGGCUGAAGCCAUUGAUACUUUCGGCGAGACUGCAACCUGUCAAUACUUCCUUAUUGAAGGAUCGGAGCAUAUAGUAUUUGGCCAUAUAUAUGGUUUAACUUUGUAUUGGCUACUGUAAAUGUCAGAUGCAGUCCAAAGCCAUCUCUGUUAAUUUGCUGAUUCAUUGUAGUCAAUUUUUGUAUAGUAUGCAUGCUUCCUCAUAUACUACGUGCCUAAUUGGCUUAAUCUGUAAUUCAGAUGUCGUUCUUGUAUUACCUUAUACAACAUCUCAAUCUUGGAUAUAAUUUGGAUAAUCAGAAUUGAAUUUCAAGUUAGUAACUAUGUUUAUCAAAAAAUUAAGGUGAUGUUUCAAAUUACAUUUUCAAAUA